AUGAAGCCCAGACCGGGCCGGAACCUUCUCCAGAACCCUGCCCCGGUUCGGGAGCCAGUCUGCGCCCCAAGUGGCCCCCACCAGACCCUGGCCGGCUCUUGCGGGAAGUUCGCCCCUUUUGAAAUUAAAGAGCACAUGGUUCUCGCCCCUCGGUUUCGGACUGCCUUCGACCAAGACCUCUGUGAUCAGUUGGACCAGCUCCUCCAGCAACAGAAUGGCGAGCUCUCCUUCCUGAAAGAUCUGAAAGGCCGGCAGCCCCUCAGGUCUGGACCCACCAUGGUUUCAAACCGAAACACAAAUAUUUAUAACAGCGAUGUGCUGAUCGUGGAGAGCGGCAAGGUGGAUGGCGUUCCUAAGAGGAAGAAGUUUGGCAGAAUGAAACUCCUACAGUUUUCUGAGAAUCACCGGCCGGCAUACUGGGGGACAUGGAAUAAGAAGACAACUGUCAUCCAUCCAAGGGACCCCUGGGCCCAAGACAGGAAGCUCCUGGACUAUGAGGUGGACAGUGACGAGGAGUGGGAAGAGGAGGAGCCGGGAGAGUCCCUCUCCCAUAGUGAGGGGGAUGAUGAUGACGAAGUGGGAGAAGAUGAAGAUGAGGAUGAUGGUUUUUUCGUGCCCCAUGGGUACCUGUCUGAGGACGAGGGAGUAACCGAGGAGUGUGCCGACCCAGAGAACCACAAGGUUCGCCAGAAACUGAAGGCCAAAGAGUGGGACGAGUUUUUGGCGAAGGGGAAGAGGUUCCGCGUGCUCCAGCCCGUGAAGAUUGGCUGCAUCUGGGCAGCCGAUAAGGAUGGUGGUGCCGACCUGAAGGUGCUGCAGCAGUUCACGGCGUGCCUUCUGGAGACAGUCCCCUCCGAGGAGGAGCAGACGCCCAAGGCCUCCAGACGAGAGAAGAGAGACCAGCAGAUCUUGGGGCAGUUGCUCCCACUGCUGCACGGGAAUGUGAACGGAAGCAAAGCGAUCAUCCGGGAGUUCCAGGAGUGCUGCCGCCGGGGGCUGCUCAGCAAGGACACGGGCAGUCCUGACAGCAGCUCUGCCAGCCCGCCCAGCCCCGGCUCCUCCCGCCCGCAGACCCCCACCACCAGCGAGGACGCCGCCGUGCCCUCCAAGGCCAGGCUCAAGCGGAUAAUUUCCGAGAACUCGGUGUACGAGAAGAGGCCUGAUUUCAGGAUGUGCUGGUACGUCCACCCGCAGGUGCUGAAGACCUUUGACCAGGAGCACCUGCCCGUGCCGUGCCAGUGGAGUUACGUCACCAUGGUGCCCGCGGCCACCAGGGAGGACAGUGGCAGCGUCCCCGCCACGGGGCCCGGCCAGGGGACGCCCGUCUCGCUGAAGCGGAAGUCAGCCGGCAGCAUGUGCAUCACCCAGUUCAUGAAGAAGCGCAGGCACGACGGGCAGGUGAGGGGCGGGGCGGGGCGGGCUUUCUCACUCUCAAUAACUAAGAAAUUGGUCAAAGCUUCUGCAGAGAAGGACAAGCGCAGACUGCAAAGAGAUAAGGAGCGUUUGGGCAAGCAGCUCAAGUUACGGGCCGAGAAAGAGGAAAAGGAGAAGCUGAAGGAGGAGGCCAAGCGGGCCAAGGAAGAAGCCAAGAAGAAGAAGGAGGAAGAGAAGGAGCUGAAGGAGAAAGAGAGGCGCGAGAAAAGGGAGAAGGAUGAAAAGGAGAAGGCAGAGAAGCAGCGGCUCAAGGAGGAGCGGCGCAAGGAGCGGCAGGAGGCGCUGGAGGCAAAGCUGGAGGAGAAGAGGAAAAAGGAAGAGGAAAAACGGUUGCGGGAAGAAGAGAAGCGCAUUAAAGCAGAGAAGGCUGAAAUCACGAGGUUCUUUCAGAAGCCAAAGACCCCACAGGCCCCCAAG